ACAUUAUCCGAUUGGAGACGCUGGACCCAUGUUGCCUUUCUUUCAGCGACACGAAAGCGCAAACCCAACCAAAAAAAAGGAGCAACAGCAACGAGAAACGCAGCGUAGAUCCUAGCCAUUUCGGCGUUCCCCUCUCCUCCUUCCUCGACCGCCGUCUCAUCUCCUCCACGACUCAAGGAACGGCGGCGCUCCCCCGCGGCGGCGUCGGGAUGAGGCCAGCGGAGGCGCACCAGUCGCGGCUGCUCUACGAGCUCUGCGCACUCCUGCUGACAAUUCUUCGGUCGCCGGAGGGGCCGCGGCCGCUGCUGCCGCGGCAGGUGACGGCGGCGGGGGUGGCGUCCAUGCUGCUGGGCGCGUCCAUGGCGCUGAUGCUCUGCGGGUCCGUGACCUUCAUGCUGGGGUUCUUCCUCAUGCCCUGGGUCGUCGGGCUCGGCUGCGUCUUCCUCUUCGUCGGCUUCGUCACCAACCUCUCUGGGAUCGGGAGGGCCAUCCUCCUCUGGCCCGCAGCCGCCUCCUCGCCCAAGGAGGCCUCCCCAUGGCAUAUAUUUUCCAAGCCUCCGUUCAUGCCGAUGUGAAGCAAAAUACGAAGUAGGCUCCCACGGAGGUGUAUAGAAGCAGCGAGGUUUGAGCAGCUCGGUUUAUCGCUGCAUAACCUAUAUUUUCCUUCGUGGGCAACUUUUUUACCAUGUAACACCGCAGCAAGUUUUAAAUGGUUUAUACUAGUAGGAUACUUCUUUGUACAUAUGGAAAAAAAUGUUCUGGUAUAAUUAUACAUGGGGCUUAUAAUUGUUUCAGAAAUGUUCUAAUUUCAGUUCCUCUGCAGAACAACAAGAAUCUUAUAUUUUUCAGCC